AUGGAAAAGCAAAGCAGCGACGACACUAGCGCUACCCGGGAUCGUCAAACGUCCGAGGAUGAAUUGGACAUCCAAAUCGAUUAUCCGACAGGUUGGAGGCUGUGGGUUAUUACAACAGGUCUCCUUAUCGGACUGUAUUUGGUCAACCUUGAAGUAACAAUCGUGAGCACCUCGCUUGUCAGUAUCACAAAUGAUCUCGACGGGUUCAAGAAGACAAGUUGGGUGGUCACAGGCUUUUUGACGACGUAUACAUCUUUCAUGCCAGUAUGGACCAAGAUCAGCAACAUUAUCGGAAGGAAGAGAACGUUACUGGCUUCAAUGGUUGUCUUUUUGGCGUUUUCUCUGGGAUGUGCAUUGUCUCAAGAAAUGGAUCACUUGAUCAUAUUUCGGUCACUGCAAGGUGCGGGAGGGGCCGGAGUCUACUCGCUUGUCAUUUUAUGCGUGUAUGAAAUUGCCCCAAACCACAAAAUGCCAUUGUUUGGCGCCUUGGCUGCCGUCACGAUCGCGCUCGCAUCGUUGACUGGGCCUAUUUUCGGCGGUCUUGUCGCGGAGAAUUCGGCAUGGAGAUGGGCCUUCUAUCUCAAUCUCCCUCCAGGAGGAUUAGCAAUCUUCAUGUUAAUUGCUGCCAUGCCUUCGCACUUUGGUAGCAUCACACCACAGCCGUUAUCCGCCCUCAUACCGAGCUAUGGGCUCUUCCAAAGCCUAGAUGCGCUGGGCUCGUUCCUUCUACUGGGUGCAUCUCUUCUCCUGGUUACGGUAUUAAACGAAACAAACAUCGAGUUCGAUUGGUCCUCGGGAACUGCAAUUGCAUUAAUCGUUAUUUCGGCGGCUAUGUGGGUUGCAUUCUUUGCAUGGGAAUGGUUAAUGCCUGACCUCCUGCCCGGUCUGAAACCCGUAUUUCCGAAGCGGUUCUUCUACAAUAAGGCAUGGAUGGGAAUGUUGGCCACCAACUUCCUUUGUGGCUGUCCUUGGAAUGUAGUCAUCGUCUACCUAGCCCAAAGAUUCCAACUCAUCACCAGACUCAAGCCUCUUGAUGCCGGUGUUCAUAUCAUACCAUAUGCUGCAGUUGCGACAGUGGCUACUAUGGUGACAUGUCUAGCAAGCCGCAAGCUUCGCAUCCCUGUGGUGUACUUCGCACUAACUGGAUCUAUACUACACACUAUUGGCAUGGCGCUCUUGGCAACACUCCCAGAGGAUUCUUCGUAUCCUGCAAAGGGGUAUGGAUUCGAGGCCAUCGCUGGUGCUGGUGUGGGGAUUACGAUCGGCAUACUCACAUUGGCUGUUCCCUUUAUUAUCGAAGAGCGGGACUUAGCUACGGCUACGGGCGCUCUGAAUCAAGCUCGAUUUCUAGGCGGAGCCAUUGGAUUAGCCAUUGCGUCAAACAUCCUUUACAGCAAAUUAAAAAGUGACUUGCCCAAUCAAUUGCCCACUGAUCAGGUCAAUCAAGUCAUUGAAAGAGCUGGUGCCAUAGAAACCCUGCCAGAGAAGGUUCAACAGGUAGCAGGAACUGUCUUUGCCCAGAGCUACACGGUGCAGUUUCAGGCUAUGAUAGCAUUUGCUGCUUUGCAAGUUCCAACAUCAUUGCUAAUUUUUAAGCGUGGGCGGCAAUAUGUUGCUACAUAG